AUGGCCACCAACGGAACAAGCGUCAAGGGCAAGCUCCCAGCUGGCAGAUUUCUCUUCACCUCCGAGUCGGUCGGCCAGGGUCACCCUGACAAGAUUGCCGACCAGGUCUCCGACGCCGUCCUCGACGCCUGCCUMAAAGAUGACCCCGCCUCCAAGGUUGCCUGCGAGACGGCUACCAAGACCGGCAUGGUCAUGGUCUUUGGUGAAAUCACCACCAAGACCCGCCUAGACUACCAAAAGGUCAUUCGUGACGCCAUCAAGGACAUUGGAUACGACGACUCGGCCAAGGGCUUUGACUACAAGACCUGCAACGUGCUUGUGGCCAUUGAGGAGCAGAGUGCCGACAUCGCCCAGGGUCUGCACUUGGACGAGCGUCUUGAGAACCUUGGCGCUGGUGACCAGGGUAUCAUGUUCGGUUAUGCUACCGACGAGACUCCUGAGCUGCUGCCAUUGACUGUCAUCCUUUCCCACGCACUGAACAAGGCCAUGACCGAUGCCCGCAACGACGGCAGCCUGCCAUGGCUCCGACCCGACACCAAGACACAGGUCACUGUUGAGUACGAGCACGACAACGGUGCCGUUGUACCCAAGCGUGUCGACACCGUUGUUGUCUCUGCCCAGCACAGCGAGAAGAUCACCACCGAGGAGCUCCGCAAGGAGAUCAAGGAGAAGAUCAUCAAGAAGGUCAUCCCAGCGGAGUACCUUGACGACAAAACUGUCUACCACAUUCAACCUUCUGGCCUCUUCAUCAUUGGUGGCCCACAGGGUGACGCCGGUCUCACCGGCCGUAAGAUCAUSGUAGACACCUACGGUGGAUGGGGUGCCCACGGUGGUGGUGCUUUCUCCGGAAAGGACUACAGCAAGGUCGACCGUUCCGCCGCCUACCUUGCUCGAUGGAUCGCCAAGUCCAUUGUUAACGCUAAGCUCGCCCGCCGUGCGCUUGUGCAGCUUUCAUACGCCAUUGGUGUCGCCGAGCCUCUCUCCGUCUUCGUUGAGACCUACGGUACCUCUGACAAGACCUCUGACCAGCUGGUCGAGAUUAUUCGCGCCAACUUCGACAUGAGACCUGGUGUUAUUGUCCGCGAUCUUGACCUCGCGAAGCCAAUUUACCGCGAGACGGCCAAGAACGGCCACUUCACCAACCAGAGCUUCAGCUGGGAGAAGCCAAGGACCCUCAAGUUCUAG